AUGCCUAGUACCCCAGAGAAAUGGAAGAGUGUGGCAGACGGGUUCCAAACAAGAUGGAACUUCCCAAACUGUCUGGGGGCAAUUGAUGGAAAGCACAUUGACAUAACGGCUCCAGCUGGUAGUGGUUCUUAUUACUACAAUUAUAAAGGCAACUACAGUGUCGUGCUAUUGGCCAUAUGUGACACAAAUUCUGAUUUCACAUAUGUAGAUGUUGGUAGAAAUGGGCGAGUGUCCGACGGUGGUGUGUGGGACAUUAGUAAUAUGAAUGUGUGCAUUGAAAAUGGAAAUGCAGGUCUACCACCGGAUUCCAUGCUUCCUGGGAGUGAAAGAAAAUUGCCAUAUGUUUUUGUGGCAGAUGGUGCUUUUCCAUUAAAGCGUCAUAUAUCGAAACCAUUCCCACAUAGUAAUCAGAACCGUUCUGAACGGAUUUUCUCAUACCGCCUCGCUCGGGCUCGACGUAUGGUUGAAAAUGCGUUUGGAAUCCUAGCCAACAGAUUUCGCGUGUUCCUCACACCAAUUCAUCUACCUCUGGAGAAGGUUGAGAACAUUGUCCUAGCAUGCACAGCUCUCCACAACUACCUACGCAGAGACCAUGUUAGUACAUACAUACAACAUGAUGGCCCUCUGGAGUACGAGGACAUUUCACUACGCACAGUUGCCCCCGGUAGGUGGAAACAUAAUCAACAGUUAAGAGGACUGCAGAGGGUGGGAGGAAACAGCACCGUGGAAGGCAGAAACGUGCGGAAUGACUACAUGGAAUAUUUCAAUCAGGAAGGUGCCAUGGAUUGGCAGGACAGCUGGACAUUGUAG